AUCGAGAAUGUUUCAAGGCGGGAAGCUGUCCGAGAUGGGAGGCGAAGCGCCGCGGCCAAAUUAGAACGGAUGGUUCUCCGCUAUCAGCUAUGGUCCCACAUGCAUUAAUACGAUGUUUGUUGCAGGACUGGUAAUAGUAACCAGACCCUGCUCCUCUUAAAGGACUCCCCAGCCUUUGCGACCAGCUUUGCGAGGGCCCCGCACCCAUUUGUCCAAACUCAAUUUCGAAAUCCUCUCUUUCUGGCAAACAUUUUGCGCUAGGUCGCUGUUUAAGGGACCCCUGGCCUUGCGGAGCUAGAAACGGAGCCUUGCGUCCUUCGGCGCCAGGUCGCUCCACUGAGUUAUGUGCCAAACGCCGACUGCGAGCGGCUCAGGCGCGGAACUAUGCUUUCAUAUACAGCGAGAGACAAUCGAGGAUCGGGAGCUGGUUCAGAGGGACUUCUCGGACGAGUCUGAAGCGGCGAGCUUUAGCGCCACCGACAGCGGGGACACCUCAUCUGCGGACGACUCGAGCGACUCCUGGCUGGUUGAUGAGUACCUACUCCAACACGGCCUAAGCCGCUGUGUGCCGGUGCGGCUGCUGGGGCAAGGUGCCAUGGGGCGGGUCGAACUGGUACACGUCAGGCCCCCGCCACACCAGCCUGACGCGGCGCCCAUCCUGGCGGCCCGGAAGACGCAGCCGCGCAGCCAGGACCCUCACCUGCGUGCCAAGGAGGACACGGUGUUUGGCCGGGAGCUGGAGGGACUGGCAGCGGGGCGCGGCAGCCCGUUUUUCGUGCGGCAGCUGGCGGCGGCGGCGCACGACGACCGGCAGGAGCUGCUUCUGGAGCUGGCGGAGGGCGACACGCUGGAGGAAGAGCUGAGUGAGGCGCUGAGUGCAGCUCCUCCGGGGCCGCUCAAGCAGUUGCUCCUGGCGCCGGAGCGCAUUGCUAAUGUGGCGGCGUCGCUGCUGUCAGGCCUGGCGGAGAUGCAUGAGCAGGGCCUGGGACAUUUCGACGUCAAGCCGCCUAACCUCCUGCUCACACGCGAGGGGCGGCUGAUGAUUGGCGACACCGGGUGUGCCGCGCGCGCCGACAAGGACGGCAACGUGCAGGCGCCGCUGCCCACCGGCACGCCCGUCUACGCAGCUCCGGAGACCCGCGCGCCGCAGGGGGUCUUCCACGCCGCUCGGGCCGACGUCUACUCUGUCGGCGUGCUGCUGGCCGUGUGCUGCGCGUGGCAUCGAACCACGGGGCGCGUGCUGGCGUGGCAGCGCGGCGAGCUGGCGCUUCCCACCUUCAUUCCCGCACCACUGGCGCACCUGAUUACGCAGCUUACGGCCAAGGACCCUGCUCAGCGCCCCACAGCGCGGCAGGCGCUAGAGCACCCUUUCUUGGCGGGCGUGGACGUGGGCGCGCUGGCGCCACUGCGCUGCCCGGGCCUGCCGCCCAGGUAGCGGGCUGGGCGUGUUGACAGGGAGUGGCGCUGGCAAAGAUGGUCGUCGGCAUGUGUGCAUCAUGUUAGGUCUGUGGUACACGUGUGGGGGAACAAGGCUCCUGCGCGCACGUGCGUAGGAUGAGCUGCGGGACGUUUGUGAUUAACCUUCCUAGUAGGGACAAGGCACCUGGUAUUGGACCAGUGGCUACGUGCGGUGACUCCGAGGCGUAUUAUUGACAUCUCAUGAGCUGCUCGUGUUAAGUGCUAUGUGUACCAAAUUUCUUGGCCUGCAAUUCAGGUUCGCUAAUAGUGAUUCUUUUGCAAGUACGAAGCAUCGAGGGAAGUGGUGUGGCUGUCAGCCUGUGGGCUGUAGAGGUCUGGCAACUGUGAGCCAAGAAGGGCAAUGUGACAUGGAUGUGUCUGCGCACGCAUGGAGUGCCUCGGUGCCUCGGUCGGCAAAUUCUGUGAAUGUCAUUGUCGAUUCGCCUUAGUAGCGCUCCAAGUGCUGACGACGUGAUCAGGAUAAAUGCCACAAUACAGGGCACAUGCAGGGGCACAUGGUUGCGACCCCUAGGGGCUUGCUGGCCUUUGUGUAAAAGCCCUUGUAG